CCUCAGCUCAGUAUAAGGAGGAACACUUUUGAAAAUGAUAAUUCAGUAGAAGUGAAAAGAUCAUCAUCAUCAUUACCUCUUCUUCUGAAGAAACUAGGAGGAAAUUAUUUCAAGUUUGAAAACUUUAUAUAUAUCUGCUCCUUUUUAAAUAAGAGCAGAGACUCUGCUGUGCAACUUAGAAUUUCAGCUCGAUGUCCAACCUUGUCAGAGUUUAGAUUUCUUUUAUGUGUGGUGUUCUUACUUCUGAAUUUACUUAAUUUUGGAAGUAAUUGCAAUAUCCACUGUAAAAACGCCACUAAAGUUUAAUUAUAUCCGCUAUUGUCUCAUAUUUUAAAGCUGCUUAAAAUGUUUGUGGGUUUUAGGUUUUCUUUUUUUUUGUCUGGAAGUAUCUGAAUGUAGUGUACAUUCUUACAGUGUGCACAGGGUCAGUCAGGUUAGGAAUAGCUGGAUUUUUCACUCUCUGAGAUGUUCUGGUUUCUAUCAGCUGUUUAUAUCAGCUACUGGGAUGUUUGUUAUUCAGGAAGCUUGGCUUCUGUGAAACUUUCUCUAGGGAGCUCAUAGUGACUUCUCCUGGAAUGUCUUUACUGUCAUCUGCUUCCAAAAUAGAUAUUACUCAGCAUUAAUGGGCAGUUCUGCAGAAAAUUUUGUUAUACUAACUUUUCUGUGAAUAACUGUCUCCUCAAUGUCAUACAUGUGACAAACUCAUUCAUUUUUUUUCAUAUCUGUAUCCUUCUGUGGGAGAUUAUUUCACAGGCAGAAAACCAACCAACCAAACUACCCUAUUUGAAUGGCUUAUUAUCAUCAAGACGAUGUUUUAAACUAAGGUCCCCAGGUGCAUCCAAUUUUUCAACUUUACCAAAGAUCUCUCCAUCUCUAUCAAAUAGUUAUAACAACAUGAACAACAGAAAUGUGAAAAAUUCAAACUAUUGUCUCCCAUCAUAUACUGCUUAUAAGAAUUAUGAUUAUUCAGAGCCAGGAAGACACAAUGAGCAGCCAGGCCUGUGUGGUCUGAGUAACUUGGGGAACACAUGUUUCAUGAAUUCAGCAAUUCAGUGUCUGAGCAACACACCUCCUCUUACAGAAUACUUCCUCAAUGAUAAAUACCAAGAAGAGCUGAAUUUUGACAAUCCUUUAGGAAUGCGAGGUGAAAUAGCAAAAUCUUAUGCAGAGCUUAUCAAGCAAAUGUGGUCAGGAAAAUACAGCUAUGUUACCCCAAGAGCAUUUAAGACACAAGUGGGACGAUUUGCACCACAAUUUUCUGGUUAUCAGCAACAAGAUUGUCAAGAGCUACUAGCUUUUCUCUUGGAUGGAUUACAUGAGGAUUUGAAUCGGAUUAGGAAAAAGCCUUACAUUCAGUUAAAGGAUGCAGAUGGGAGACCAGACAAGGUGGUUGCUGAAGAAGCCUGGGAAAACCAUUUAAAAAGAAAUGAUUCCAUCAUUGUAGAUAUAUUUCAUGGCCUUUUUAAAUCCACCCUAGUUUGUCCUGAAUGUGCUAAGAUAUCUGUAACCUUUGAUCCCUUUUGUUACUUGACACUUCCAUUACCCAUGAAAAAAGAACGCACUUUGGAAGUUUAUUUAGUUAGAAUGGAUCCACUUGCAAAGCCUAUGCAGUACAAAGUAGUUGUUCCCAAAAUUGGAAAUAUAUUGGAUCUUUGCACAGCAUUAUCAGCUUUGUCUGGUGUUGCUGCAGAUAAGAUGAUUGUUACCGAUAUAUACAAUCACAGGUUCCACAGGAUAUUUGGCAUGGAUGAAAAUCUAAGUAGCAUUAUGGAACGUGAUGACAUUUAUGUAUUUGAAAUUGCUAUCAAUCGAACAGAAGAUACAGAACAAGUUAUAAUUCCUGUUUGUUUAAGGGAAAAGUGCAGGCACACUAGCUACAGCCAUAGUGGUUCUUCACUGUUUGGUCAACCUUUUCUCAUAGCAGUGCCUAGAAACAAUACUGAAGAUAAACUGUAUAACCUGCUGCUGCUAAGAAUGUGCCGAUAUGUAAAAACAUGUACUGAAAGUGAAGACACUGAAGGAUCCCUACAUUGCUGUAAGGACCAUGGUAUCAAUGGUAAUGGCCCAAACGGAAUACAUGAAGAAGGAUCUCCAAGUGAAAUGGAAACAGAUGAACAAGAUGAUGAAUCCAGCCAGGAUCAGGAACUCCCUUCAGAGAAUGAAAACAGCCAGUCAGAAGACUCAGUUGGAGGUGACAAUGACUCUGAAAAUGGAUUAUGUACUGAGGAUACUUGCAAAGGUCAACCACUCAUGGGACACAAAAAGCGAUUGUUUACAUUCCAGUUCAAUAAUUUAGGCAAUACUGACAUAAAUUACAUCAAAGAUGAUGCCAGGCAUAUUAGAUUUGAUGAUAGGCAACCUAGGCUUGACGAAAGAUCUUUCCUUGCUUUGGAUUGGGAUCCUGAAUUGAAGAAGAGAUAUUUUGAUGAUAGAGCAGCAGAGGAUUUUGAAAAACAUGAAAGUGUGGAAUAUAAGCCUCCCAAAAAGCCUUUUGUGAAAUUAAAAGACUGUAUUGAGCUGUUCACAACAAAAGAAAAACUAGGUGCUGAAGACCCAUGGUAUUGUCCAAACUGUAAAGAACAUCAGCAAGCUACCAAGAAGUUAGACUUGUGGUCACUGCCCCCUGUACUGGUAGUUCAUCUAAAGCGCUUUUCCUACAGCAGAUACAUGAGGGACAAGUUGGAUACAUUGGUUGACUUUCCAAUAAAUGACUUGGACAUGUCAGAGUUCCUUAUUAAUCCCAAUGCAGGGCCUUGCCGCUACAACUUGAUUGCUGUCUCCAACCACUACGGAGGAAUGGGAGGAGGGCAUUAUACUGCUUUUGCAAAAAAUAAGGAUGAUGGAAAAUGGUACUACUUUGAUGACAGUAGUGUGUCCACUGCAUGUGAGGACCAAAUAGUGUCCAAAGCAGCAUAUGUGCUCUUCUACCAGAGACAGGACACGAUCAGUGGAACUGGCUUUUUCCCUCUUGACCGGGAAACUAAACAAGGUGCUUCAGCUGCCACAGGCAUCCCACUAGAAAGUGAUGAAGACAGCAAUGAAAAUGAUAAUGAUAUAGAAAAUGAAAAUUGUAUGCACACUAACUAAUGGAAGAACUAGAAGCCAUAAAAGAGACUUUCAUACCGGGGAUACCUAUUGAAAGAGUGAAAUUGCCCACCAAAUUAAGAAUAAAAAUCUGAGAUGGGGAAUUUCAGAUAACAGAAUGUAAAUCUUUAUGACAUUUUAACAUGUGCAGUACUUGAAGUGAAACAAUAAAAACUUAAACAGAAAUUGUCUCUAAUGCAUUUACAGCCUUGUAUUCACAAGCUAUAUAUAGGAAAUCACAAAUAAACCCCUUUUAAGUUUUCUGCUGCUGUUCUGAUGGAUUAUGUUUUCUUUUGUUUUGGAUGUGAGUUAAUAACUAAAAUGUUAAAUCUGUGGACUUCUGACAUUUAUUUUCAUAGUACUGCAAGAAUACUACUGCCAAGUCUAGUUUCAGGAUGAAUAUAUACAUGUUCCUUAGGCUGUCACACAGGCUACAAGUAAAAAUGUCAUGAAUAUAUGAGCAGUAGUUUUCUUGAAACAGCAAAUUUUUCUUUCUCCCCAAAUUUUUUUUUUUUUUUUAAUUCGGUCACAAUAGAAGAAAUAGCUUGAAAAGGUGUUUUAACCUUUUGUGAUAUAGUUGAGCAUCCAGAAUAUUAUGUUCAUCUUACUGCUGCUGUGGAACAGGUUCUGGAUUUCAUGCUGCAUUAACAAAAAGUUUUUCAAUUAAAUGUAAGUAUCCUUUGUUGCUUGUUGGAAUCUACUCUGCAGACAUAAUUCCUGUUAUCUUGCUUAUAAGACAUGCAUAAUUUUAAUCUGGUGUCAGUCCAAAAUUUAAAAUUGUGCUGUAAGUUCUCUCUCCCCAGUUUUUGUAGUUUGACAGCUUCUAAACUACUCUGUAAUAGGGUCAGAGUUAAUAGUAUUCUGUAUCCAUAGUAAUGACUGUGUAUCGGGCUUAGAUGAGAAUUUUUUCAACAUAACCUGCCUUUAAAUUGUUAAUGAACAAAAUGACUUUAAAGGUAGGCCUGUUAAUUUUCUUCGUGUGUUCCUGAUGGAAUUCACCAUAGCCUUACAGCGUAUCUGAAAAGGUAACUCAUUGUAAGAGAAUUGGCAUUUGCAUGUUCAAGUCAGAACCUGUACAGUAUAUAAGGCAUACAAACUUUGAAUUGGAUUUUAGUUAACUAUGUUCAGGGGUCCAGGAUGCCAAAAUAAGUGUGACAGUUUGAAACAUUUUUUAAUUUGCUGCUUUCCCUUUGAUCUAGUUGGAAGAAUGUAUUGUUGAUUUGUAUACAAUACUGCCUUUGAGAGGGGCUCUUAAGUGCGGGGGCACACUUCACAUAUCUACUACCUGGAGAAUUGCUUUGUGUCCCACUGUUUAAACAAAUAAUUUAAAAAAGAAAAAAGCAGAAAGUAUGAUGUUCUUCACUUGAACUAAUCAAAUACAAUAGGUUAUAAAUUGUGUAUUGUAAAUAAAAGUUCACUCUGUGAGUGCACAUUUUGGUAAAUUAUUUAUUUAUGUUAGCAUUAAAAAGUUUAAAAAAUUGCAUUUGACCAGGAUAUAAAUGAGGUAUGUUGGACAUGGCUUUGCUUUAUACCUUGAUAUUAAAACUGGUGUUUCAUCCUGGUAUUUUACAGCUGCUUUGAGGUUUUUUUUUUUUUUAAAUGUAAACUAACCUCCUGCAUGACAGAGGUUAAAAUUUUGUCUGCACUUGAGUUCACUUGGGUUUACAUUUGAAAUGCGCAUGUUUAUUUAUACAGAUUUCAA